AGUUUUGUGAAGCUGUGUUUUUUUUUAAGAGAGGCCUUAACCUCUCGGUGUCCUCUGGAAUUUGUGGUGUUCAUGCUUUGUUCUUGCCCUAGUUACUGUUUAUCCGUUUCUCUUUCUUGAUUCGUGCUCAUUUUGAGUUUUCUUUUGGGAUUUGUUUGGUCAGAUUGAUGCUUUAUCGAGUGAUGAACAAGAUCACCAAGUGAUUUGAGCUAACUCCACUUGUGCAUCAAGAUCCAAGCAGAUUUGCGUUUUGGGGGAAAAACUGUGUUCUUGGGCGAAAUCUGAUUUUUUUUUUCGGAGUUUGUGUUCGAAUUGGGCGACGAUCUCUCGGGAGUAGCCUUCCAACUCCGUUAUGAUUACCUGAGCAAAUCUUGGGAAUGAUUCGUGUUGAUUUGAUCGAUUUUUGGGUGGUUUUGUGGCUCGCCCGUGUGAUGUUCGUGAGGGGCGUCGGUCUCUGUUUGUAGCAGCUCGUGGUGCCCAGGUGCUGUACACAGUGCACCGGUGGGAGCGCCGCCGUUGGCCACCGGUCCGCUCUGCACUUCCUGGCUUUGGGCCAAUCAAACUGGCGUGCACCACAGCUGUGCGUCGGGCAGAUCUUUGUGGUGGCCGGUGCCUUCCAGAUCGUGCAAGAGCUGCCCAUCUCUCUCUGUGCCUGGACCGACUCCCUCUCUACCUCUCCCUUCGUUCGUGCUGGAGAUCGCAGCCUCUGAUCUGUUGCCGCCGGUGAGUGCUGCGUCGGUUCUGUGCAAUCCCAGGCCACCAGCUGUUGCUUGUUCUUUUUCCCUUUUCUCCCUCCGUUCUCUCCUGUGCGUUUUUGGAGGGGCAGUGCCUGCGCUUCUGUGUUCUUCUGAACGAGCAGUAGCAGUUGGUGCUAGUUCGUGCUUACCUUGACCAAUUGAAUUUUGAUUGGUUCGAGCCUCGUUCUUGCAUACGUGAUUUCCACAAGCAUUCCUUGGUAAUCACUGCUGCUCAAUUAAAUUUGGUCUUGUGCAUGUAUUUUGAUUUUGUGCUUCCAUCGGUGUUGCUUGUGGCUGUUUUUUUGGGAGCAUGUGCUGCUCUCUGUCCAGAGACUUUCCAGUUCAGUACCUUAGAAUCUCUGGCUUGGCAAAUUGUUUAGUCCGUGGUUUACGUGUUUGUGAUCUGAUUCAUGAUCCGUCUGUUUUGUUAGCUUUCUGCUGUUCUGGAGAGUUUUUUUUGGAUACUCUCGUCACUAGUUGGCUUGAGUAUUUUAGUUUCAGAACUUGCUUCUACUUGGCGAUGAUUUUGGGACAGCGGCCAAAUAUUUCGAAAGAAAUCUGAGGUUUUCAUUCACCCCCUCCCUCUAGUCGCAGCUUUUGAUCCUUCAGAACCAAUCCAGGAGAAUAUAUAUACGUAAGCUCUUGUUGCCAUUUUGUUCAACCCAACUAACACACAUCCGUCGACCCUAAACAACAGGUGACAUUCCACCCACCGUUAUCGGUCUUUUAGGUGCUGCUGGUGCGCAUUGCAGAAUCUGGAAAGCAAGACAAUUGAUUCUGUAUGCCAUUGCAACAUGUUUUCCAUGACCAGAUAAGAAGUAGUGCCAUAUAUUUUUUUUUGUCUAUACCCAUUCAUAAUCUCCAGAUAUAUAACUCUAUCUAUUAUUUGUGUUGAUUAUUUUUCUACUCAAUAGAUGUGUAGUCAUAAAUCAUGCUGAUAUUUUUGUUUAGAUCUAUUUUUUUUUUAAAAAAACAUACUUUUCUUGUUGAAGUCUGAAAGAUUUUCGCGGAAACUUUAUGAGCUUUGGUAAUUUCAGGAGUGACGAAAUAUUCCGAAUACCAAAAUUGGAAAUCAUGGUAGCAGUUACUAGUUCUAAUGCAUGGCAGGUUAUACUUUGAUAUAUUUUUUGGUGGAUUUGGCUUGACCUACUGUUCCCAAUCAGGAUCUACUCCUUUGGCGGUUUGGGGUUUCCUUAGUCAUUUUCAGACCUCAAGUAAUUCAGAUUUUUGGAAUUGAAUCCAAUGCUAAAAGCGUGUUUUUAUUUUUAUUUUUAUUUUUGUCUUCUGUAAACUCCUUUAUUAAUACAAGAUGGAUAGAUCCAGCCAUAUUUCUUUUUUUAAAAAAAUUAACUUUUAAAGGAUAUUAAAAGGAAAGGAACAUUAGUAUACUUUUCCUUCCCCUUGAAGUUGUGUUGUCUAUACCCAUUUUGUUUGCAAUUAUUAGCUAGAUCAAAUCCAUGUCACUGUUUAGUAAUUCAUAACAGGUUUCUCUUUAGACCAGGGUGCAUGAAUUAUAUUGUAAGGUUGAUGAGAAUCACCAAACUAGAGGACACGAUUGGUUUGCUUAGUGGUUAAUAUUUGUUGUCUGAAUAUAGGCAUCACAGUAGUAGUAGGUUUUUUUUUUUUUUUUUUGGUGAUAAAGGAGGCAUCGCAGUAGAUCAAUGGAAUAUAUUUUGAACAAGCGUCUUUACCCAGUCACACACACGGAUACACACUUCCACUGACAACGACUUAAAUUAUUCUUUCAAAUAGACUGAAGACUAAGAGGGUGGAAGCAGAAAAGGUAGAAGGGACAGCAAUGAUAAAAUUAUGGAAGGAGGAGCAGGUAGAAUGGUAGAGUUACCUGCCGUUUUAUUGGCUUGACUGAUGUCUUAGUUUAUAGGUGAAUCAUUGUUAUUUUAGCCUGAUGUGCUAAGACCACUUGUGCAACAAUCAGUGAUCGACCUACUCUGUGUUAACAAUAACUAGUCUUCAUCAUGGCCAGCUCAUCUCAACUUAUAAAACUGAAACUGGUCACUUAAGUAUAAUUUUUUGGGUACAGAGAAAAAACAGGAUAAUAACAAGAGAUGUUGACGGGCCAUUGUGCUUCCCUGUUGCCCGUGUAUUACUGGAUCACAAUAAUCACAACUCUAGUUGACGGGCUGUUUGAGUCUUGCGUCUCUUGCAUACAUCGCUCUAGCAACCUCGCGCUCCUCGUCAGACGCCCAUCAACCUCGCUCUGGCAACUCUGCUCCGCAUGCCCUUGAUAAUUUUAAGUUGGUAUUUUCCUUUGCAGAAGUGCCUCAUCAAUAUACUCCCCAAAAAAGGAAGUUUUGACGGGCUGUUCGAAUCAUGUGUCUCUAGCACUACAGGGCUCUGGCAACCUUUCUUGACACGCCCAUCAAUCUCGCUCUGGUAACUCUGCUCCACACGCCCUUGAUAAUUUUAAGAUGGUGUUUUCCUCCGUCCAUUGCUGCCUUUAGCAGUUAUUUCUCCUCUGCAGAAGCUCUUCAUCAAAAAACACCCCAAAAACGGAAGUUCUAGAAACACUUGCAUCUUCACUCACAAAGGGGGGCACAAACAACUGCAAUUCCAUGGCAGACUUGGCGAUCACUGGCUUAAGAUGGGCGGCAUCGCCAGUAUUCAACAAGCUCCUUGCUGAUGCUUCAGCUUACCUCAGCGUGGACAUGGUGCGUGAGCUACAACAACUAGAAGCCACCAUCUUGCCACAAUUUGACCUGGUGAUUCAAGCGGCUGAGAAGAGCGCCUACAGGGGCAAGCUGGAGGCAUGGCUCCGGCGGCUCAAAGAAGCCUUCUAUGAUGCCGAGGACCUGCUGGAUGAGCAUGAGUACAACCUCCUCAAGCGCAAGGCCAAGAGCGGGAAGGAUCCCUUGGUAGGGGAGGACGAAACCUCCUCCAUUGCAUCGACCAUCCUGAAGCCACUUCGUGCCGCCAAAAGCAGGGCACACAAUUUGCUCCCUGAGAACAGAAAGCUAAUUAGCAAGAUGAAUGAGCUCAAGGCUAUCCUGAAGGAAGCAAACGAACUCCGUGAUCUUCUUAGCAUACCACCUGGAAAUACUGCAUGUGAAGGGUGGCCAGUCGUACCAGCAACCAUUGUUCCUCCAACCACAGUGACAUACUUUCCAUCAAAGGUUUUCGGUCGUGACAAGGAUCGUGAUCAUAUAGUUGAUUUUCUUCUUGGCAAGACAGCAGCUGACGAGGCAAGUUCAACUAGGUACUCCAGUUUGGCCAUUGUUGGAGCGGGAGGAAUGGGGAAGUCCACCUUAGCGCAGUAUGUCUACAAUGACAAGAGGAUAAAAGAAGGCUUUGAUGUCAGGAUAUGGGUCUGCAUCUCACGCAAGCUUGAUGUCCGCCGUCACACAAGGAAGAUUAUUGAGUCUGCAACAAAUGGGGAGUGCCCAUGUAUUGGUAAUCUUGAUACUCUCCAGUGCAAAUUACGUGACAUACUGCAGAAGUCAGAGAAAUUCCUACUUGUCUUGGAUGAUGUGUGGUUCGAAAAAUCUGACAGUGAGACAGAGUGGUUUCAACUCCUGGAUCCAUUAAUCUCUAAACAGUCAGGAAGCAAAUUUUUGGUGACUUCUCGAAGUGCAACACUUCCAGCAGCUGUUCACUGUGAACUAGAACAAGUUGUUCAUUUGGAAAACAUGGACGAUGCCGACUUUCUUGCACUCUUCAAACACCAUGUUUUCUCUGGACCAAAAAUUGGAGACGAGCUUCUAUAUAGUAAGCUGGAACAUACUGCAGAGGUGAUUUCUAAAAGGCUUGGACGGUGUCCUUUGGUAGCAAAAGUUCUAGGAUCCCGAUUAAGCAAAAAGAAAGAUAUCACUGAAUGGAAAGCUGCACUGAAGCUGAGUGAUUUAAGUGAGCCCUUCAUGGCUCUGUUGUGGAGUUAUGAGAAGUUAGAUCCACGUCUGCAGAGGUGCUUCUUGUAUUGCAGCUUAUUUCCCAAAGGUCAUAGAUAUAAUCAUGAUGAGUUGAUUUACCUUUGGGUGGCAGAAGGGCUUGUUGGUUCAUGUAAUUUGAGUAGCAGGACAAUAGAAGAUGUCGGGAGGGAUUAUUUCAAUGAGAUGGUCUCUGGGUCUUUCUUUCAAUUGGUUUCUGAAACAGAGUGUUAUUCAUACUAUAUCAUGCACGACAUCCUUCAUGAUUUGGCACAGUCACUCUCUGUAGAAGACUGCUUCAGAUUAGAAGAGGAUAAUAUCAGAGAAGUACCAUGCACUGUUCGACAUCUCUCUCUUCAGGUUGAGAGUUUGCAAAAGCAUAAGCAAAUUAUCUACAAGCUACAGAAUUUACGCACUAUCAUCUGCAUUGAUCCACUAAUGGAUGAUGCAAGCGAUAUUUUUGAUCAGAUGCUGCGGAACCAGAAGAAGUUACGUGUAUUGUAUUUGUCAUUUUACAACAGUAGUAAGUUGCCUGAAUCUGUUGGUGAGCUAAAGCACCUUCGGUAUUUGAACCUCAUCAGAACAUCAGUGUCUGAAUUGCCUAGAUCAUUAUGUACUCUUUACCACUUACAGUUACUUCAGUUAAACACAAUGGUGGAGAGGUUACCUGACAAGCUUUGCAAUUUAAGUAAGUUACGACAUUUGGGGGCAUACAUCGAUUGCGUACCUACCUUGUCUGGAAAAUCUAUUCAUCAAAUUCCCAAUAUAGGCAAGCUAACUUCGCUACAACACAUGCAUACCUUUUCUGUGCAAAAAAAGCAAGGGUGCGAGUUGUGGCAGCUGAAGGACUUGAAUGAGCUUGGUGGCAGUUUAAAAGUAGAAAAUCUUGAGAAUGUUUCAGAAAAGGAAGAAGCCUUAGAGUCCAUGCUAUAUAAGAAGAAUCGCCUUAAAAAGUUGCGGCUUGCCUGGAGUAGCGAGAAGGGAAUGGAUGCAGCGGAUACUUUACAUCUCGAUGUUCUAGAAGGUCUGAGACCGUCACCCCAACUUAGUGGCCUCACAAUCAAAGGCUACAAAUCUGGCACAUAUCCAAGGUGGUUACUUGAGCCAUCCUAUUUUGAAAAUUUGGAAUGUUUUAAGCUUAAUGGCUGCACUUUGUUAGAAGGCCUACCACCUAAUACUGAGCUCCUACGGCAUUGCACUAGGCUGUGUCUAAAAAAUGUUCCAAAAUUGAAGAUAUUACCUUGUCUUCCAGCAAUGCUUACAAAAUUGUCAAUUCAGACGUGCCCACUGCUUAUGUUUGUCUCCAAAAAUGAGCUCGAUCAGCAUGAUUUGAGGGAAAAUAUAAUGAACACGGAGGACCUGGCAUCUAAACUUGCAUCGAUGUGGGAGGUCAAUUCGGGAUCAGAUAUUAGGAGAGUACUUUUAGAGGACUAUUCAUCACUGAAGCAGUUGACAACACAGAUGGGUGAUGAUAUAUCACAACAUCUUCAAAUUAUUGAAAGUGGCCUAAAGGAAGGAGGAGAUAUAAUAUUGGAGAAAGAAAAUAUGAUCAAGGCAUGGCUUUUUUGCCAUGAGCAGAGGAUAAGAGUCAUUUAUGGAAGGACCAUGGAGCUGCCACUGGUUCUACCAUUUGGACUUGUUAGUAUUGUUCUUUCUUCAUGCAGUAUUACAGAUGAAGCUUUAGCUAUUUGCCUUGGUGGCCUCACUUCAUUGACAACGUUAAGACUGGAAUAUAAUAUGGCAUUAAGUGCACUUCCGUCAGAAGAGGUGUUUGAGCAUUUGACAAAGCUUGACUUGUUGGAUGUAAGAGGUUGUUGGUGUCUCAGAUCACUGGGGGGCUCACAUGCUGCUCCAUCUCUUUCCAGACUUUAUUGUAUUGAUUGCCCUUCUUUAGAUCUGGCAGGUGCAGUAGAAUCUAUGUCAUUCAACCUUGCUGGAGACCUCUACAUAUGUGGCUGCAUUCUGGCAGCCGAUUCGUUCAUUAAUGGCUUGCCACACCUGAAAUCUCUUUCCAUUGCAUGUUGCAGAAGCUUCCCGUCCUUAUCGAUUGGCCACCUGACCUCCCUUGAAUCAUUAUCUCUACUUCGUCUCCCCGAUCUGUGCUCUCUUGAAGGCUUGUCUUCCUGGCAACUUGAUGGCCUAAGUUUGAUAGAUGUUCCAAACCUCACUGCCAAGUGCAUCUCACAGUUUCGUGUCCAGAAAUGGCUCAGCGUUAGUAGUUUCGUACUGCUCAACCAGAUGCUCAAGGCUGAAGGGUUUAUAGUCCCACCAAAUCUUGCUCUUCAUGAUUGCAAGGAGCCGUCAGCUUCAUUUGGAGAAUGUGCAAAUCUCUUAUCUGUCAAGCACCUGGACAUUUGGGAUUGCAAAAUGGAGUCCCUGCCAGGAAAUCUAAAAUUUCUCUCCAGUCUGGAGAGUCUUGAUAUCGGCAUUUGCCCCAACAUAACAUCUUUACCAGUUCUGCCAUCCUCCCUCCAGCGCAUAACUAUAUAUGGUUGUGACGACUUGAAGAAGAACUGCCGAGAGCCUGAUGGAGAAAGCUGGCCACAGAUUUCACACAUCCGCUGGAAGCACUUCGUUUAAUAUCGCCGCUUGAAAGAAAUGAGAGAAGACACCUCGUGGUGACCCCAAUGCCGCAGCGCCCCCGUCUCUGCAGACUCACCACCCAGCUGAAGUCGAUCAGAAGCCGAUCUGUUGGUGAUGCCGUACCCUUGGUUCUCUGUUUGGCGACCCUCCACAGUCCACGGUUGGUACUUGCGAGGAACGAAGGUGGUUCCAUUUAUAUCAUUUCACUUGUACUGUUAUUCCUUGAUUAUGAAUAAUGGGUCUUGCUAUGGUACACCUAAAUAACUGUGAAUCGUCGAUCUGAGUAGCAAUUGUCAAAUAUUACCUUGCAAGAGGUAAUAAGAUAUAUAAGGAAAAUACCUUCGUAUUAUGUAUAUAAUAUGCAUGCAUGAUCUAACUUUCCU